AUGAAUGGAGGAGGCUCGAAGAGUUUGCGUUCAGCAUUAUCCUACUGUGUACAACAAGUACGAAACUACGGCUAUCAUCACUACCUCUGUCUACUUGAGCUCCCACCCGAGAUGCGUAAAGCCGCAUUUGCUCUCCGAGCUUUCAACGUAGAAACCGCAAGAGCCAUGGAUGUUGCACCUGAUCCCGAAAUCGGCUCGAUGCGUUUACUUUGGUGGCAAGAAGCAAUCGACAAGCUCUACAUCAAGAACAUCCGUGAUGCUCAAAGAGAAGUUGAGGAUAUACCCGAGAGUAUCGAGGAGCUUGAGAGAUAUGCAGAGGAUACGGUUUCCACGCUUCUGUACAAUACACUCCAAGCAGGCGGAAUCAGUUCAACAGCAGUGGAUCAUGCAGCUUCCCACAUCGAUCUCGCUGAGAAGCACGGGUUGCUUGUGAAACAAGGAGGACGAUCAGAGAUCCUUCUGGAUGUGAACUCAAGAGAAGGAUUCUGCAAUGUAGUGUUUGAGAUUGCAUCUGUUGCCAAUGUACAUCUCUUGAAAGCCCGUGAACUUGCGGGAAAAGUUCCUGCAGAAGCUAAACCGGUCCUGCUUCAUUCUGUGCCGGUACAAGUUCUUCUUUAUUCGUUAAGUAAAGUACAUUUCGAUGUGUUUGAUCUGAGGAUUCAGAGAGGAGUUUUUGGUGUUUCUCCACUUUGGUUUCAGUAUAAAUUCAAGUGGUAUUCAUGGAGAGCUAUGUUCUGA